UUUUUUGUUUGCUUAAGCGUACUUGAGUUUCAAAGAGAAACAUGACCGGCCGUGGUAAGGGAGGAAAGGGAUUGGGAAAGGGAGGAGCUAAACGGCAUCGCAAGGUAUUGCGAGACAACAUCCAGGGUAUCACGAAGCCCGCCAUUCGCCGUCUCGCUCGACGUGGAGGAGUGAAACGUAUCUCCGGUCUCAUCUACGAGGAGACGCGUGGUGUGCUCAAGGUCUUCCUUGAGAACGUCAUUCGUGACGCCGUCACCUACACCGAACACGCCAAGAGGAAGACGGUCACUGCCAUGGACGUCGUCUACGCCCUCAAGAGACAGGGACGCACCCUCUACGGUUUUGGCGGCUAAAUAUCACAGUAGAAAUAAAA